AUGGUCAACAAUAUCAGUUAUGCUGAUGAUAUGGUGCUGCUGUGCCCAUCGAUCAGUGCGCUUGUCAAGCUGCUGAAGAUAUGUGAGGAGUAUGCCAGGACACAUGGACUAAGGUACAACACCAGCAAGAGUGAGCUUUUAGUUUUUAAAGCAGGAAGUAAGUCCCUAGACAUGUUACCAGAUGUCUUCCUAUGCGGGACUCCACUCAAGAAGAUUACUCGGUUCAAGUACCUUGGUCACUGGGUCACCGAUAACCUCAAGGACGACAUGGACAUGGAAAGGGAGCGCAGAGCAUUGACCGUUACUGUUGGGGCUACCACGCUUUUGUAUCGCAUCAGGUAUGUUCGCCGAGGCACGCGUGGACAGCUUUAUAUCAAUAAUACGCAAGAGAACCGCUUCCCUGAUGCGCCGCGUGCAGGAGAGUACCAACAGUCUCCUGAAUCUGGUGUCACAGUGCCCGACUAG